ACAAGGACGACCUCCUUUCAGGAGAAAGGGAAAGUACCUUGCGAAAAGGUUCUAUCGAUCGAGGCCAAUUGCGCGUUCACGCGAAAUAGGGCCCCUGUACUUUCCUAGAAGCUAGCUAGCUACGUGCUUUUAGCAAGACAGUGUAAUGGACGUCAUGCUUCAUAUGAAGAUGUUAGACAUUUUAAGUGUGUUUUGCACAAUUUGUUUGGUCACCAAUUUUUCCACUGCAGCCCAAGACGGUUCUAAUGGGAAAAAGGACCAAGAGUGUCACAACUACGCUGGAGGACACGUCUACCCUGGAGAGGCUUUCCGUGUGCCCGUCUCUGACCAUUCCCUGCACCUCAGCAAGGCGAAAAUUUCAAAGCCGGCACCUUAUUUUGAGGGAUCAGCUGUGAUCGAUGGAGAGUUUAAGGAGCUCAAGCUGUCUGACUACAAAGGGAAAUACCUAGUCUUCUUCUUCUACCCCCUGGACUUCACGUUUGUCUGCCCGACUGAGAUUAUUGCAUUCAGUGAUCGUGUGCACGAGUUCCAUGCCAUCAAUGCUGAGGUUGUUGCCUGCUCUGUUGACUCACAAUUCACCCAUCUGGCAUGGAUCAACACACCUAGGAAGCAGGGUGGACUUGGGCCAAUGAAAGUCCCUCUGCUGUCUGACCUCACACACCAGAUUUCCAAGGACUAUGGAGUCUUCCUGGAGGAUGCAGGACACACACUCCGGGGCCUGUUCAUCAUCGAUGACAAGGGAGUCCUGAGGCAGAUUACCAUGAAUGACCUCCCGGUAGGGCGCUCUGUAGAUGAGACCCUGCGGCUGGUCCAGGCCUUCCAGUACACUGACAAACACGGUGAAGUGUGCCCAGCAGGAUGGAAGCCAGGCAGUGACACGAUAAUCCCAGACCCAUCGGGCAAACUCAAGUACUUUGACAAGCUGAACUGACCCUCCCUUGCUCUCUAAACACUUUGGUUGAAGCUCAGAAUAAAAACAGAGUUUUGAUAAUCUGGUGUCUGUUUUGUUUUAGCAAUGUACAGGCAUAUUUGACAUAAUUAAAUCUCAUCUAGUGAUCUCUGCGUAAACUGGUUACCUUUGAGAUGAGAAACAGGCCACAAACUACAACAACCAAAUAAUGCCUUUUGGAACUGAGUCACCCUUUCCUAAUGGGAGACAUUAGAUGGCGCUGUUGAUGAAAUUAGUGAAAUGCAUGUAUUCAAUGUUUCUCCUAUGAUUUUUUUUUUUUUCAGCAGGGUUGGCAAAGUUAGUGUAGUGGGCGUGGCCACUUUCCUUUUUUUUUUUUUUUAAGGCACUCUUGGCCGCAGACACAAUGUUGCUGUUUUAAAACUAAUUUCUUGCAAUUCUACACAUUUUGCAUUGGUUUAUGGUGUGUUCCUAUGCUAUAGUGGUGCCCCAAGUCAUGACAUUUUGGGAAUUUUAGAUUCUCCCUGACUUUUAUUUUGGUGAUUGUUAGUUCUCAAA